GUCCCUUUGACAGCAUCCGCGCCGCUCUGCGUUCUGGUCUUACGUAAUGACGCAGCAGAGCGUCUUGCAGGACGUACCGGGCGUAACGCGUCAUAACUUCCAACACAUCCGCCGCUUCCUGGCCGGCCCAGGCAGGCGCCUCAGGCCCCGCGCCACACUGAACCGCUAUCCGCGUAUUAUCAUCAUUCUCCGCUGAACCACAGAGCUCCUCCGCUCCGCCUGCGAGGAGCCGCGGACGUGAUGAGCGAAUGAGACGGCUGAAAUCUACAAAUCCUCCGCAGAAGUCCGGGGACUCGCUGCUAGUGUUGGGGCUCGAGGAAGGUGGAGCCUGAGGCCUAGCCGCCGUGGUGAUGGUGUUGGACUCAGGCGAAGUCUUCAUGGAUCAGGUUGAGGGUGAAAGUGUUGGGAACAGCAGGGACCUGUUAAAGCCAAGGGUCCGAGAUGAUCCGCCUAAAACCACCAGCAGCUCUGCUGCGAUGCCCAGAACGCCCACCAAAAGGAGUCAAGCUGCAAAGAAGGGGAAGGUGUCCCAUAAUGGACUUCCAGCCCAAGCAAACAGCAGCCAGGUAUUAGAGAGGAGGUCCUCAUCAUCAUUAUCAUCAAAAGGAGGGGCCACGCCCAGGCCACCUCUUCACCGUCCCCUCAGCCUGGACAUGACCCCCCGGCACCUGCGGGGGUCUCAGGAGCAGAUGGCAGACAGGCGGAUCGUGCAGCCUCCAUGGCGCAGCGGUUCGGCUGCCCCCUCGCCCCCAGCUCGCAGCCUGACCAGCCCCAGCCUGGGUGCCGGCGGCUGGAUGCGCCGCAGCGAGAGCACCUGCUCGGUCAAUUACUCCCUGGGGCUCCGGGCCGGCAGGAGCCAAAUGCGACCUGCCACCUCCCUGCCACACAUAGCGAAGGGGGUAGGGAGCACAACGCUGCCGACGCCCUCCAGGCCCUGUCUGCUUGUGGCCCUCAGGCCUCUGAACUUGGAGCAGGAGAAGCAGACUUUCUUCCAGUCCGACUACAAGUACGAGCCUCAGUUUGAGUACAUGCAGCCUGAGCCGAAAAGCGUGUUGGAGAAGUACAAGGAGGGCUCAGGCCUCUUCCUCGAACAGGCGGUUGGAAUCAUGGAGUGCGUCCUGAAGAAGUUUGGCUCCUAUGAGAACUUUGAGGAAGUGACGGGUGGCAGCAUCCUUCCCAAAAGUCAAGUCUGGGCUGCUGUACGCAAAUAUCUGCAGAAAGAAGGCUGUGUGGGCGAGGUGGUGGUGCGUCUGUCGGACGAGCUGCUGUCCCAGGCGGUGAUGGUGGUGGAGAGCUGUCGUCCCACUCUGACCAUCAACCUGGCUGGAGCUCGACAGCACUGGCUGGAGGGGAUGCUGAGACAUGAGAUUGGCACACACUAUUUGCGAGGAGUGAACAACAACCUGCAGCCGUGGGCCACCUCCGAAGGCAGGAAGCAGUUCGGCCUGAAACCCGCCAAUCCCACGGAGGAGGGCCUGGCCAGCCUGCACAGCGUGUUGCUACGGAAACAGCCCUACCUGUGGCGUGCGGCUCUGCUCUACUACACGGUGUACCACGCCACCAGCAUGAGCUUCAGCCAGCUCUUCAGCCACAUCGCUCGCUUCGUCCAGGACCCGGACGUCCGCUGGGAGUACUGCCUGCGAGCCAAGAGGGGACAGACGGACACCUCGCAGCCCGGUUGCUUCAGUAAAGAUCAGGUUUACCUGGACGGGAUCCUCCGAAUCCUUCGACAUCGAAGGACCAUCAACUUCAAGAUGUUGACUUCUUUAGGCAAGGUGUCUUACGAAGACGUGGAAAGGCUGCGGCAGCUGGCGGCGUUCUCGCGGACCAGAAUCCCGCACUUCAUGCGAGAUGAGGAGCGUUACCUGCAACAUCUGGAUCACAUCGUCGCUGUAAACGAGCUGGACGACUCGGUGCUGCAACAUCUGCUGCCUUGACCCAUCCCGCCCCCCCAAGCACCGCCUGAACCCACGAAGGACGAGCGGAGGAAGCUGGUACACAGACUGUCACGCGGGGCGCCAAACAUCACAGCAUCCAGUAUUACUGAUGAUUUAUUUGGGCGACUUUUGUAAAACUUGAAUGAUGCGAACAAAGGGGACGUACACACUAACACACUCUGUCUACGUCUUCACUUCUGUCCAGUGCAUGUUUAUGUGGCUUUUUCACAGGACUGAGUGCAGUUCAAGUGCCCCCCGGCCUCUCGCCUUCAGCCCUACUAUGAAGUUACCUCAAUACUGCAACGCUACGAUGUAACCAACAUGAUAUCCUGUAUGUAGACUCCUACAUAAUCACUGCAUUUACACGUUCAUAAUCACAUGCUUUAUUUAUGCAAUUAUUUAAGUUUUUAUACUUUGACAGAACAAACUGAAUGUCUCUGGUAUUAGCUUUAUAACUUUUUUUUUGUUUUUUUUUAGAUGAUGUUUUAUGCCUUAGAUUGUUUGCAUUUCAAAAAAGGACACCAAGGACACAUCAUUACAAAACCCGGAGGAAGACAAAACUGAGACCAUGAAUCUUUUAACAUAUCAAGUGCCAGUGGACUCGGUCAAGUAUUCAGAAAAAACUCCUCGCGGUGGUUUAUAAAAUAUCAGUGUUAUCUCUUAGAUAAUCAGCUGUGGUGUUUCUGUCUUAAGAGUGUCCUUGGUGGUCUUUUGCUAUCAGUAUGCUACUGUGAUGCGACCCGUCCUCAAGGCCCCCCGAAGCAACCAAACUUGUGUUGUGCGGCAUUAAAGGAGCAGUUACAAGCGAAUUAGCUUACUUGCAGAAAGUUAGAGGAGAAGAUCAAUGCACCUCUCGUCACCGAUUAAACAAACCAGAUCUGUUCUACAUACAUCAGUGUGUCAGCACAGACACCGAUAAAAACCACAACCAUCACCAACUCUGUCCCCCGAGCAGCCAUUGCCCAAUCGUAGCCGAGCAACUGCAGGUCUGUCAAUCUUUGGAUUUCUGCAUUUGUGGUUGUAAUUUCUGCAAACGUUUUUACUUGUUGUUUGAAUAACUUGUUUCUCUUUCCAGCCUUUCAAAACCAAAAACACAAAAACCAAGAGUGAGGAAUCUGUUCAAACAGUCUGCGCUAACGUUAGCAUGUCCAGCUAACUCGCUCAGUGCUUCCAGUUGUAGCCGAGUGUUUCUUACAAAGCCAAGGAGCACAUCAUGAACUCGUCUCAGCAGUUUGUUUCCAUGACCAGCACCUCAACCGUGUGGAAGCCUCGAUGCUGUCACAGGUCAAGCUAACGUUAGCAGCUCCGCGCUGCUCUUUGCUGCAAUUGGAAAAACUGAACAGUCAAGACAGUUAAAUUUAUCCAACACAUUAGUCAGCGUGUUCCAAAGUGCGCACAAGCAGCGAGCGUUUCCGAGCUCCUUUUCCCGUCUGUAUGCUAAGCUAACUGCAGCAUCGUGUUUCACCGUGACAGAUAUGAGUGGUAUUGAUCUUCUCCUCUGACUCGAAAGCGAACGAAUACAUUUUCCAAAAUGUGCAACAAUUCCUUUAACAUGAAGAUAAAGCGCCACAGUGGCAUCGUGUUCGAAGCCGGCGGUCGACAUGUUCCUCAUCCAGACACGAGUCAGGGGUGUGUGGGCGUGGCUUCGAGGGGUGUUGAGCUCACCUGCUGUAGCGAGCCGUGUGUUUAUAGGCUGCAUUUUACCGUGUUAGACUCUUAAAACUUCAGAUGUCAAUCAGGGCAUUCAUUUUGGGCCAAGCCGUCUGCGAGCUGAAUGAAAACCAGGUGUCAACAAAAACAACGUGGGACAAACAGGAUCAGUAGUCCCAGUUUUUAACUUAAAAAAACAAAGAAGCACUUGACCAAAAUGUGAACUCGACUUCUGUGAUGCAUUUUAAAAACUUUGAUUUGAAGGUGAAAAUGAAAUUUACUCUGCUGUGUUUACAGUUUCAGCAGGUUGUCGCCUGCUGACCUCCGCGGCCUGAGUUCGCCCAAACGAAUGCACCUCUUUGUAAUGCACGAAUGUUGCACAAGUGUUUUGUGUUCUGGAAAACACCUUGAAUUUCCACGUUAUUUAUUAAAAAGUACACACACUUAAAGGAGCCUUCUGGUGUUUUUCAUGAAGCACUAAACUUCACUAAAACGAGCGCCAGGCUCCUGUUCUGGUUUAGGCUAAAAUAUUCGGCUGUUUAUUCUCACACAGCUUUAAUGCCAUGAACAGUUUCCAUCAGUGACUUAUUUUAAAGUUUUCAGAUGACACUUACAUUUUAAUGUGAAAUUAAACAAAAUGUUCUGGC